AUGAAAAGAGGUUUUGGUUCCAGAGAGGUCAAGCAUAUGAUCCUCACGCUAUCGCAACUCAAGUAUAAUAUCGCCGCUCUUGGGGACGACUGGAGUACCAGCCCCGACCAGAUUGGCAUGUUUUGUAUUCUCCCACGCAUUGGAGCAGCGGCUAACAGCCUGUCAAGGGAGAACAUACACCAUUUCGACCCGUCUGCUCGAUGGACCUGGGGCGAAGAGUACAGAUUGAUUCGGAAGAUUGAUGUGCGGAUCAUGAUCUUUGCCUGCAUCAUGUUCAUGGCACUGGAGCUUGAUCGCGCCAACAUCACGCAAGCCUUGACGGACGACUUCCUCAAGGACCUUCAUUUGAACACCAAUGACUACAAUCUCGGUAAUACGAUUUUCAAGCUGUCCUUCCUCUGCGCUGAGGUCCCGUCUCAAUUGGUGUCUAAAUGGGUCGGCCCCGAUCGCUGGAUCCCCAUGCAGAUGGUCCUGUGGUCCCUUGUCGCCGUAACACAGUUCUGGCUCAAGGGGCGAACUACCUUUCUUGUCUGUCGGUGUCUGUUGGGGGUUUUGCAGGGCGGUUUCAUCCCAGAUGUCAUUCUCUACUUGUCGUAUUUCUACAAGCAUCACGAGCUGUCGUUGCGGCUGGGCUUCUUCUGGACUGCCAUGAGCUUGGCCGAUAUUACCUCCGGCUUUCUGGCCUACGGGGUCCUCCACAUGAGAGGGGUACAGCAGCAGUCUGGAUGGCGAUGGUUGUUUCUGAUUGAGGGGCUCUUGACAUUGUUCAUCGGCAUUUUGGCUUUUGGGCUAAUGCCUGCAUCUCCCACACAGACUGCAAGCUGGCUCCGCGGGCGCAAUGGAUGGUUUACACAUAGAGAAGAGAUCAUCAUGGUCAACAGGGUGAUCCGAGACGAUCCCAGCAAAGGAGGCAUGCACAAUCGGCAAGCCAUCACUCCCAGCCUGCUAUGGCAGAGUUUGAAGGAUUUUGACCUCUGGCCGCUGUAUAUCCUGGGACUCACGUUCCAGAUCCCCAUGACUCCUGUCCAGCAAUAUCUCACAUUGUCCCUACGCGGCCUCGGGUUCGACACAUUCCAGACAAACCUGCUUGCGAUUCCGUAUACCGUCUUCCACAUGAUCAACAUGAUGCUCCUGACCUACGUGGCCGAGAUUUUGGGAGAGCUCACAUUGACGGCCAUGACGGGCCAGCUCUGGGCGCUGCCAUUCCUGAUCUUCUUCAACCACGUCGACACGUCGCAGAUGAACAAAUGGGCCAUGUGGGCCGUCACGACGCUUUUGUUGAGCUACCCCAAUGCCCACCCGAUCCAAGUCGGCUGGAACUCGCGCAACUCGAAUGCCGUGCACUCGCGCACCGUGUCGGCGGCCAUGUACAACAUGUUUGUGCAGGCUGGGGGGGUUAUUUCGUCGAAUGUGUACCGCCAAGAUGACGCCCCCGGCUACAAACGCGGCAACCGCGUCCUCCUCGCCGUCAACCUCAUCAACAUCGCCCUCUACCUGGGCACCAAGACGUACUACGUGCUGCGCAACCGGCGGCGCGACAGGCGGUGGAACGCCAUGACCGAAACGCAGCAGUUGCAGUACCUGGCCAGAACGAGGUCGAGGGGCGAAAAGGACCGAGAGGUGGGGAAUAAGCGGUUAGAUUUUCGGUUUGCGCAUUGA